AAUGAACCUCCACUUGUACAUUAUAAUAUACCGAUACUUGGGCACUCUAUAGAAUUCUUAAACAAUAGUCAGGAACUAUUCAGAAAAGCACAUCAACAAGUAACCUUUCUAAUUUAUAAUAUUAUCCUUUCAAAUACUGAAAUUAAUCAAACCUGUUUUUGCAAUCGUUUUCAAGUAUAUGCGUUUGGCAGAAUUAUCACGGUUGUUACCAACGAAUUGAGUUAUGAAAUAUUGAACACGACAUCGAUGAAUCUUCUUGCGCAUAUAGAACAAAUAGUGCCAUUAGCGCAACUUUUCAAUCUUCAUAAAGAAGACUACGCUACCAUCAUCUCUGGUCUCGUUCAAGAAAUUAAUGGACGAAUGGAAGAACUAUGCCACGAUAAAGAAAUCAUAAAAACAUUCAAAAAUUUUGCGGGAGAUGUUUCUAAGCAUCUUCGUGCUACUCCAUUCUUGUCGUUUAUUCAUCCAUGGCUCAGUAAGCAACUUUUCAUAAUUCAGUUCAAAUUCGGUGAUAAUGCAGUCAGAAAUCAUAUUUCUCUAUUAAUUAGUCGCAUUAAACCAAUUAUAGGAAAACGACUAAAAGAUCAAAUCAACUUUGGUGAAUCUUAUCAGAAACCUAAUAUGCAACACGACCAACUAUUUGUCGGUAAUAAUGCUGACAAGUUUGAAUUGUUGGAGAAAAUGCGUAGGCUGGAUAGUUUUGUUAAGGAAUCCAUGAGAACGUGUAGCAAUAUCGGUGAACAAAUUGGUUUACCUCAUCUGACGAUGAUCCCCGAAUUCAAAUUUUCUAAUGGAUAUCAAGUUCCUGAAGGACGUGGAGUCAGAGUAUAUCUUGACCCCAUAUACCACAAAAAAGUACUACAAGGGGCUGAUGCCACAGAAUUCAACGGACGUAGGUACCUUGAAAAGGACUCUUCCGCUUCACAAAUCAGUCGUGAUUUUCUAAUGUUUGGACUUGGACGACAUGCUUGCCCAGGAAGGUUUCUUGCAGUAAAUGAAAUCAAAUUUGUAAGUCUUUAA